AUGAAGUUCGCCGCUAUUCUACUGCCUCUCGUUCCCGCAGCCUUCGCCGCUGAGUGUGUCCGCGAUGCUGGAUGCCCCGGGUGUGGCACAGUCGACAGCGUAAAGUUUACUCAAAGCGGCAGCACUUACACCGCCACAUCACCCUCAUAUGGGUCCAUGAUAAUGGACGAUAAGACCCUCACUGUCAAAAACACGUCGAAGAAGUGGCUGCUGUUCUGCGUCUACGGAUCUGUCUGUGUGCCCCUCGGCGCCGGAGAUACCUGUACCACAGCCCGAAUCUCCUCAGACUCUCCUGCCCUCGGACUGCAGGUGUGGUCUCAGUAG